UCCAAUGAUACCACGACCGGCGGCCGAAUCUGGACCGAGUACAUACAACAAUACACCGGGAUCAACCUUUACGAUUAUGCAGUCUCGGGAGCUGUUUGUGAUACUUACUUCUCUCCAUCGACUCGAAAUGGUGUAAAACAAAACCAGGUGCCUUUGUUUCUCGAAGACAACGCGUACGUCGGCAAUGGAUCCCUGGUUGACUCGGCCAAUGAGACAAUCUAUGCAAUUUGGAUUGGCACCAAUGAUCUCGGCCCAGCUGCAUUCUUCACGGACAAUCGACUGAACCUGACGAUCCUGGACUACAUCAGCUGCGUCUAUGAGCAGCUCGAUGUAUUGUACGGGGUAGGGGCACGCAAUUUUGUGCUCCUGAACAUAGCGCCUCUCGACUAUACUCCGAUGUACGCCCUGCCAGAGAACGGAGGGGUGAUUGAUUCUCACUAUUGGCUGAACGAGGAUCAAUACAGCACCAACGUAACACUUGUAAGCGAAAAGAUGCGCGAGUAUGUUGCACUCGUCAACUCGAUCUACAACUUCCAGUCGCCGUAUGAAGUUUUGAUCUCUGAUCGAUAUCCCGAGAGUUCAUUUACGAUAUACGAUGUUCACGCACUGCUGAGCGACAUCUGGCACAACCCAUCAGAGUACCUCAAUGGCACGGUGCCUCUGAACGUGACCUCGUCCAUUGCUCAAUGCGGUAGUCCCUGUGACAACUCAUCCGUACGGGACAGCUACAUGUGGUACGACACACUGCACCCCUCAGAACAGACGGAUCGAAUCAUUGCGCAGGAGUUUGUGAACAUUGUUAGUGGGAACGGCACAUGGAGUAAGACCUGGACGUCAGCGAGUACAUAG